AGUUUUUGGGACUUUUUUUCUGCUACUGCUACUUGCCUUGCAAAGUCUCUCCCGUCAGUUAUGCUGUUUCAUUUCAUUGAAAUGCACAUGCUUUUUAUUUCAACGGUUGUGAAAAGAGGAGCAGUUUUGCCAUUUGUUCAAGAAGUGGGUCUAAAAAUAUCCUGACGACGAGGAAAAUGUCUCGUCCCCUGUGGCUAAAAUUUUGCAUAAUUAUUAUUAUUACAUCCACUAAUUUAUUGCCGAUCGGAAGUGCGAAUCCAUCCCUUCACAAUAAUGGCAACAAUAAUAAUAAUAAUCAUGCCCUAGUCGUGUCCGGAUGGCAGAGAAGUGUGGAAAGCCAGCUCUCACGCGUCGUGGGUCAAUUAGAUCAGUUGGAGGCGAGAGUGACUAGAAUUCAAUCUUUAAUGCUGCUCAGAUUCGACAAUAUUGAAACGGGACAAACCACGUCAAAACUCAGGAUGGAAGUUUGGGGUGAUGAAUUGAACCGGAUGAAUCGUCUGCUGGAAUCUAAAUUUGACAUAAUUCUGGCCAACAUUGAUUCCAAACUGGAAUCCAAGUUAACAGCGAUGCAACGGGAUAACAGAAGAUAUCAGGAGUUCUUAUCAAACGCCUUCAAUUCUGUGGCACUGGGACAGGAGAAAGUCAAAGAGAAAGUUAUCUUAACAAUGAAUGAGGUCAAUUCAUCUCUCGAAGUUUGGAAAAGCACUGCCAAAAACUUUACUGCCAAAGGAGACACGUCAACUUCUCUCCUAGUUCAAAAUAGUGAUAAAAUGUUGAAUAUUUUACAAGAUUUUGUCGCCAAUUCGUCACUUUCUAGUCAGUCUUCGUUAUCUUCGUCGAGUGGGUGUGGUCAUCAGGAUAAAAUGUCGCAGCAAAAAAACAACACUACAACGUUACCAACGUCAUCUCUCAAUAUCGAUUUUGCAGAACUGCAAAACCAAACCACGACCCAGUACCAGCUCCUCGGAAACAAGGUGACAAACAUGUUUGAAGACUUGAUGCGACGCUCCUCAAGCAUGGAAGGUCUCCUCAAAGAUGCCGUUUCAAUUGCCAAUGUGACAAGGAGAGAUGUCCACGAUGGGUUUAGGACCGUGUUGGCCUUGUCUCCGAGUUCUACUAGUCAAAAUUAUAAUAAUAAUCAGCAAAGGAGUUAUAAUAGCAGGUCUAACUCGUAUGGAAACAAUAAUAACAAUGGUGGCGGUGGAGGGGCAAGCUCGUCAGAAUUAAUGUCUGCCGUAAUAGUUGAAGCUUUGGCGUCCGUGGAUAGCAUGUCGACAGCGUUGGGGCGAAAAAUCACAGAAUUUAGUCGAUCAAUGGACGAACGGUUGGAAAUGGUGUCGAUGAGUAUAAAUGGGUUUUUGGAGUCGUGCGUCCGUAUUCAAGAUAAUCAACCGUUGAUCGAAGAACAUAUUGCAGAUUUGUUGAUUAAAAUUUUGAACACUGUUGAUAACAGUACAAGGUCAGCAUCCGAGCUAUGGUUGGGUGUGGCAAAUCAGAUCUUGGACGAGAGGGACAACUUUACCAGAACUUAUUACUCUGGAUGUACAGAUAUCAACACGGAGGACGAAAUCACCCCAUUUCUUCCUCCCGACAGUGGUGGUGCAGUCAACCGUGGUCAUCAAAAUGGUGCCACUCAAACAACAAAUAAUCGAAAUCAUCAUCAUCAUCAACCUCGCACAAGUAGCAACAGUUUUGAAGCAUUGUUACUUCAAACAGGAAAUGAAGUGGUCAAUAACAAGAUCUCAUCUUCUCCACUAUCUUCUCCCCGUCGUCCUCCGUCGUUCCCACAACUUCCCACAACUCAUAGCAGAUACGACGACGAUGAAAUCUUUGAUACGGAAGACACGGAAACAUUAGAUUCUGGGGAAGAGGAGACGACCACCACCACAACUUUCCCAGAAGAAAGCAGUCCAGAUACCAACAGACAUAACCAACACCAUCGACAUAACGACAACCACCAACAACCACGGAGACCUGCAAGACCGACAGCAAGUAACAGCAAUAGGAGACGAUCUGGAAAUCGAGCAGACGGAGAAAGUUUAACAGAAGCUGAUAAAAUGUCGCUGUGGGAAAGUCUCGUCGUGCUUUCUCCUUCUCCACCACCUUCUCUGACGACCAAUACCACCACCACCAGCCCCACAAGUAGUACCUGAAAAACAUGAAGAAUGCAAGAAUGUGGGAAUAUAGAAAAUAAGCAAGUCUCGCCUCCACUACUAAUGCAUUGUUGUGAACCAGACUACAAAACUAUGUAAUUCAAGGAAAACUUGGCUUUGUGUCGCUAAAUAAGUUAGUAAGUUAUAAAGUAGUACCACCACCACCGACAUAAUACUAUUCCAACUACUGCCACCCACUCUGCCUGCCUGCCUGCCAUAAGCAAUACAAAUACUGAAUACAAUGCAAAAAGGUAGCGAACCUAAUUUAUCACCGAGACUAACAAUUUAACACUCAACGCACGUAUUAAAUAGUGAAAAUUAAUAGGAUAAACUUUCAUGGAAAAGUGGUCUUGGCGGAGGUGCAGUUAUAUUCGAGGAGAGAAAACUUUUUAAGAGAAACUUUGCUUUCUUUACAACUAAUUUACAGAUACAAGAACACGAAUGGAUGGGAGGAGAGUGGUGUCUGACUUAUUUAUAUUCCUAUCUACUCUUAACUCUUAAAGAGAAAGUGAAAUUUACAGUGUAGCAUAGAUUUCAUUUAUUUAUUCCUAUUUCUUAAUUUAACAUUUAUAAUAAGAAAAUAAAAAUACAGAUCGUUAAUUUUCCGUAAUAUAA